AUGAAUGAAAACCUCUGGAACACCGAGGAUGGCGUUCAACCUGUAGAGCGUUUCUGGUCCGAUCGAUUUCUGAAGCCGGUGACUGAAGACACGGCUUCUUCUUCUUCUUCUUCUUCUUCUUUACGCAGAGACACUACUCCCAAAUGGGACGACCGGAACAGUCAAAGCAUUGAUAGGCAACAGAACAAGUUCUCGCUGCAAGGUCUGGAAGGAGGCCACACUGCAUGUCCCCGACGUUUAUUUGCUAAACGAUUGAUCCUUUGGGUCUGCACGACUCUUGUCAGUAAAUUUGAUAUUCAGUUGAAGACCAAGGAUUUCGAGAUGGAUACCUCGAGAUUUGGAUUUGGAAUCAAGGAUGCAAAGAAUAAAAUAGCCUUUGUGAUCAGGAGAAGAGAGUUCUGGGUUGGUAUUCCGUACGACAACCAAAUCGCCCAACUCCCAUUUGGCCUUAUUCUGAAAUGGUCCGAUGGUACGCGCAUCGAAGAAGUCAUAACCAUGCAGGUUGCGAGAGAAGCAGGUCUCCCAGUUCCAAAAGUGAUCGGCUAUGGAGAACACCCGGAUACUCCGCAUACACCAAUAUCAAUCCUUAUAACGCGUCUGCCUGGUCGUGAAUUAGGCCAGUGUUACAAGACGCUCAGUGAUGCAGAUAGAGAUUAA